AUGGUGUUUGAAUUCUUGGAAAGUGGACAGUUCAAAGUAGUGUUGGGCAAGUCGUUUGAUGUGAAGCCCAAGAAGAAGGCCCAAAAGUUCUUUAAUGUGAAGCAUGCAAAUAGCGCUGAUAAAAGCAUCUUUGGCAAGGACGCCAAAUUAGAGAAAAAGAAUGAUAGAUACCAGGUGGAAAUGAAGCAUGCAGACAAACCCAAUGUGAUUUAUGAUGCACAAGUGACGACCGAAGAAGAGCACAACUGCAUCCUCAUUUAUAACGAUGAAACCAAGACAUUCACGCUGGAGCGCCAGAGUGCGCAAAUCAACUUGACAAAUAGACAAUUAGAAUUACCCAAUGGCCAAUUGAACCAUUCACCUGUACCAAAACCCUUUAUACAUACACCACCACCGAUGCCUACAGCAGCAGCAGUAGUAGCAACACCCACUGUCGUACAGCCGCAACUGCAAUUACCCAAGCCUACGACGACUGUUACUGCAUCACCGCAACAGCAAGAGACGCCAGACCAGGAAGACCAGGAGGACGCUUCCGUUGCUGAUGAUUUUGAUUUUGACAUUUCAAAGGACAUGGAUGCCAUUUUGGACAGUGAUGUCGAGGACGACAAGAGCGAAUCCGAAUCUGAUUCAGACGUAUUUGAAGAGAUUGCUGCACCCAUUCCAUUGCCUCCACCAACACCACAAAAUAUGGCUUCACCACUGAGUCUACCUGUAACACCAUCGUUGCCGCCUGCAUCACCCAAUAUACCACUUAAUCUUGCUUUACCUACAACACCUCAACAACAACAACAACAACAACAGCAUCAUCAUCAUCAUCAACCAUCUCCCGUGCAAACCAAUACACCGCCUGGUAACAAGAAACGCAAGUUAAAAAUGGCAUCUGCGCCUAUCCGACAUCCCGGCAUGGCAUCUCCACUCGCAGCUGCUCCACCAGUGACCCAGCCCACCGUCCAUCAGCAGCAAGCCAACAAGCGAUUGAAAUUGACGCACAGUGAUUCGUCGUCUUCGAGUGGUUCCAGUGGUGAGGAAGAGGAUGAUGACGAGUCAAGCUCUGGAUCAGAAUCUGGAAGCACAGCGUCCUCCAGCGGCAGUGAGAGUGAUAGUGGAAGCAGCAGUGGUGAUGAUAUGGAUUUCGAUCUACUGGCAAACGACAUUUCUGAAAGUCUAUCCAAGGGUGGCCCCUCUGCUCCACCUUCACCUCAACAUCUGCAGCAUCAGCCAAGCCGAGUCAAUACCCCUGGUAUGCCAUCACCUUCCAAUUUCCGAAGAUCACCCUAUGAGAGCAAUACGCCUACACCCACCAAUAGACCACCUACACAAAACGGCACUUCAGCAGGGCCCAUGUCCCUCAGAGCUUUAUUCAAAGAGGAUGAUGAGGAAGAAGGGCUAUCAAGUUCGGAUGACGAAGACAGUGAUUAG